GUAUUGGUGUCGAUCAUGUCGGAUAUAACAGAAAUUUUACAACCUUUACUUAUUCUUGGAAAAUACACACUAUUAUUCUAUAAAACAUCAUCAGAAUCUUUAACAUUAUUGAGUAUUUCCAAAGAAAUAAAUAGAGAUGUUAUUUUGGUUAAACUAAGAUGGUUAAGGCCAUUACACAUGCGAGUCACGGAAUUAAUCCAGAUGUUUAAUGAUAUAUUCGGAGUAAAUUUACUAGCGAUGAAUGCAAUGUUUUUCGCACAAUUUGUUUUACUGGGGAGUACAUUAAUUGAUUAUUUUGGGAAAACAGUCUUCCCAAUUGGUUUUAUUGUUAUUAAAUUGGCGUAUCUUGUGCUUUUCUCUGGUUAUGUAUGGAUUAUUUGUCAUUAUAAGAAAACAGGAGAAAUAGUGCAUUCCUUAGAAGAUGUGAUUAAUAAUGAGAACAACAAGAAAAUAAAUAGUGAAUUAAUGACAUUUUCACUGCAAAUCAGUAAUUUACGGAAAGAAUUUACAGCUGCUGAUUUUUUCAUUGUGAAUUACACGCUUUUAUUUAAGAUUGUUGGGGCAUUAGUGACUUAUUUGAUUAUAUUAAUGCAAUUUAGAAGUUGA